CACUUGUGAAUCAUCUUGUCUUCGCGGGUGGGAGCCUCACUACACGACACCAAUAUGCUGCGCUCACGCUUCGCGAGAGCCUCGCCCACCCUGCGCCGCUGCCUUGCGACGGUGCACACUCCAAAACCGGCGCCCAAGAGGCAGGGCGACAUCUCAGACUCGUUUGUUUCGCUGUCCGGGGCGGAACAAACGCCGCUGCCAGAUCGGUUCAGACAACUCAAGCUAGAGCUGGUCAGGGGGCGGGAGAAGGAGAUUGUCCUCAGCUGGCAGAGGCUGUUGCAUGAACUGCAGAGGGAGAAUGAAGUCAUUGCGCGAAAAGGCCCUGAAGUCAUUCCGCAGAUCAACUUUGCUGAUCUUGACAACGGACUGGAUAAGAGUGUCAAGGGGGAGAUUCUCAAGAGGGGUGUGGUAGUCGUACAUGGUGUAAUCCCAGAGCGGGAGGCGCGGGGAUACAAGACUUGCAUCGAGGAAUAUGUCAGGAAAAACCCACAGACAAGAGCCUUCCCCCCUCACGAUCCGCAGGUGUAUGAGCUGUAUUGGUCCGAGUCGCAGAUCAAGGCUCGCUCACACCCUUCCAUGCUGAAACUGCAAAGAUUCCUCAUGUCGGAGUUCUGGUGGUCGCCAUCAGGCGAUGCUCGCAUUUCCCUUGACGUCCCGCUGUCUUAUGCCGACAGGCUCCGUAUCCGCCAGCCAGGCGAUGCGGCCUUUGCACUCGGACCUCACAUUGACGGUGGCAGCGUCGAGCGCUGGGAAAAGGACGGAUACGGCCGUGGCCACGUCUAUGACAAAGUGUUUGAAGGCAGAUGGGAGCAGUAUGAUGCCUGGGACGCCGCCGCUAGAGUGGACGCCGUCAACAAUCUGUACAACGGCUUGGGCGCAUGCAGUGCCUUUAGAGCUUGGCAAGGCUGGGUUUCCAUGAGCCGAGUAGGGCCAGAAGAGGGCACUCUGUUAACGUAUCCCCUGAUGAUGUCGACGGCAUACACUCUUCUGAGGCCUUUCUUUAGACCGAUUGACAACUCGAAAAAGGGGCGUGCGUUCCUCGACGAGAAGAACUGGGAAUUUACUGCUGGUGAUCAAAUGACCAGCGACCUCCAAGGAGCUCAUCCAGGGCACGGGCAGGAGCUCAACGAUGAGCUCCAUCCUCACUUGGAGCUUUCCCGGACCAUGACCCAUGUGCCCGAGAUCAAGCCCGGGGCUUUCGUGGCGUGGCAUUGCGACACCAUUCACGCCGUCGACAAGGUUCACAAGGGACAAUCUGAUUCAAGUGUGCUCUACAUCCCCGUAUGCCCAGUGACAGACCUCAAUGCAGAAUAUCUCGUCAGACAGCGCCAGGCUUUUCGUGAAGGCACACCGGGACCAGACUUCCCUGGCGGCGAAGGAGAGUCAAAACACAUCGGCCGCCCGACAGAGAAGAUGCUGUGGGAGUGGACGAAUACCGAGGGCCGACGAGCAAUGGGCUUGGAGGAGCUGGUCGUAGAUGGUUCAGCCAUGCCGGGAGCGAGGGCGGUGGUGGAGAGGUUUAAUGCGACCUUGGGACUGCAUUGA